GCCACUCUUUAGUAAAAGAGAAACCAUGUAAAAAGUAAUGCAUGUCAAGUUUAUAAAACAUUACCUUUUCCUUUUCCUCUUGGUACAAUUGCAACUCGUUUCGUCAUGAGUACGCGUUUAGACAAGACACAAGUGAUAGUCCAACAUAUUCUGCGACAUUUGACAUUGCCGAGACGGUUUCCUCCUGGGGUCGAACAUUCUACAACAAAACCUCUUUUCGUAGGUUUGUCAGGUCCACAGGGGAUUGGAAAGACGACGAUGACAAACAAGUUGGUGUCAGUACUUUCAGGAACUCCACAUAAUCUACGCGUCUUUUCAUUUUCGACAGAUGAUCUCUAUCUACCCUACAAAGACCAGACUGCUUUGAGUCAGCGAUACCCAGACAACAAACUGAUUGAGUUUCGUGGACUUCCAGGGACACAUGAUGUUCAUUUGGGUGCGUCCACGUUUCAGGCGUUCUGUGAUGCGAAUCGACAAUUUUAUGCUGCUGCUCCUGCUACAACUCAACACCAGCAACAAUUAAAGCAAGGAACGUUGACAUCUAACGUUAUAUCAGUUCCCAUUCCAGCAUACGACAAGGCUUUACAUUCUGGCCGUGGGGAUCAACUUCCUAGGGAACAAUGGUCUCAUGCUGAAGCGCCCUUUGAUGUGAUCCUCUUCGAGGGUUGGUCUUUGGGGUUCAAAUCCAUUCGAGAUCCCUUGAGACUACAACAGAUUUAUCAGGAACACAAUAGUAAUUCUUCUUCCUCCCAACCUUGUUCUUCUUUUCUUUCUAAGCAUCCAUAUCCUUCAAUUGAGAUGGUGAAUGAAUUUUUGAAGGCCUAUGAACGAGAAUGGUAUAGUUAUCUGGAUGUGUUUAUUCAUUUGUCAGCGCCCAAGUUGGAGACGAUCUUUAAAUGGCGAGCAGAACAAGAGCAGGAACUGUGGGCUCGGAGGGGGACAGGGAUGACAGAGGAACAGGUGAGAGAUUUUGUGACGAGGUUUAUGCCGGCGUAUGAGGUUUAUCUUGAGAGAUUGAAGCGUGAGAAUCUGUUCAAGAAGGAUGAUGAUGAUGAACAUAGCGAGCAUAAGGGUAGAGUAGAAGCCUCAGAGUCAGAGUCAGGGUUGUAUGUAGGAAGACAUUUACGAUUAGAUUUAGAUGAAGAUCGAAACUUGGUGUCUACAGCAUUGGUGGAUUAGUUUUCUCAGAGUGAUCAUCUAAAAAUAUAUAUAUAUACAUGUAUAUCCUAAUAAACCUAGCACGAGA